GAAAUUGCGAGAUUUAAAACUGCUCCUUAUUUAGGUAGAUUUUUGGAACGACCCGAACGUGGAUCUGUAUUUACUUUUUGCAAGACUUAGGCACAAGGGCUUUCUGCUUUUCAGAAAUGGCUGAAGCAAGGAAAAAUAAUGUUACGAUAAAAGUUGGAAUGAUCGGGGAUAGUUCAAUUGGAAAAACCUCGUUGAUGGUUACAUACGUUCAAGGAUCUUUCGAUGAAGAAAGUACUCAAACGUUAGGUGUUAAUUUUAUGGAGAAAACAAUUAGCAUUCGGAAUACAGAGAUUACCUUUUCCAUUUGGGAUUUGGGUGGUCAAAGAGAGUUUGUAAAUAUGCUUCCUAUGGUCUGCAAUGAUGCUGUUGCUAUUCUGUUUAUGUUUGAUUUGUCCCGAAAAUCCACCCUGAAUUCAAUUAAAGAAUGGUACCGUCAAGCUCGUGGCUUCAAUAAGACUGCUGUACCUAUCCUUAUAGGCACGAAAUACGAUCAUUUUAUGAAAUUUCCUCGUGAGGACCAAGAAGAAAUAACAAAGCAGGCUCGACGAUAUGCAAAAGCUAUGAAAGCAAGUUUAAUCUUCUGUUCGACAUCUCAUUCUAUUAAUGUUCAAAAAAUUUUUAAAAUUGUCCUUGCCAAAGUAUUUGAUCUGAAAUGUACGAUUCCAGAAAUUAAGAAUAUUGGAGACCCAAUUUUGGAGUACGUAGAGCAUUAACGUUCUUUUUUGGACUCUUUUUAUGUUUAUAUUUUGACAUCUUAUACCUUACAAUUAUUUAUACUCAUUCGUUUUUGUCUUAUGAUCUUUAUAUCAUUUAACUUCUCAGCCAAUUUAAAAAAACCAAUAUGUGCAAUAAUCGAUUGUCUAACCCUACAGUCAAAACUAAUAAAAGUUCAUUGUUUUGUAACUCUAUUGAUUUUAUUUUCCAG